AUGCCCAAUGGACUCCAAUCGCUAGUUGACUUUAUUAAACAAGCGUAUGGAGGUACUAAUGACGAGUGCAUAUACUACAAUCCUGAAAUCGAGUCGAUUUAUAUGAGGACAGAUAAUAUUCCGCAAUUAUUUCAAUUAAUUCAGCAAAAUGAAGAAGAUUAUCGUAUAAUAUUCUUUACAUAUCAAAGUUUAUAUUCAAUUCUUGAUCUUCGCGGCUCUUUACUUAAUUCUCAGUCUCUUAUUGAUUUAUUAAACCUAACAAUGCAGCAAUUUUUCGAGCACAUCGAACUUAUACUUGAAAAUAAGCCAUUACUAAUCAAAAUCUCAGAAGUUUGUGCAUUUUUAAUGAAGUUAUACUUCGAAAUUGAAAAAUCUAUUGAUCCAUUUUUAGAUAUUAUCAAAAACGUAUUCGAUUCAGGUGAAAGUGGGGAAAUAAUGUCAUUAUCAAUCAUGGAAUUUAUCCCAGAAACAUUCCUUCAGUGCCAUAAAUACUCCAAUUACUAUGACAACGCUCAGACCAUAUCAAAUUUCAAAGACACGUACCUAGUGAAUCUAAUAAACAUCGCACUAGAGGAAUUAAACAACGAAAAACUCAUUCCACAGUCAAUAACCAUAAUUAACAAAUGUUUCGCGUUUUGCAAACAAGAUACAUCAGACAACAUUACAAAUCUCGUUCAGUUCCCUCUAAGUUUACAAUUUUUAUUCGAUUUAGAUUAUUUUCAAUUUUUCUUUAGUUUAUUCAACAUCGAUAAGCCAAGUAUACAGCACCAGGUCUUAGAAAUAUUAGAUGCGUAUUUACGGCCUCACAACACUUGUUUUACCUCAAAUCAGCUCAGAUACGAUUUUCUUCACGCAGCAUUGAAACAGAUUAUCCCCGUCAUGGAGUCUUGCGUCAACAGCCAAUUGGCGCAAUACUGCUGCCACAUCGUCGCUUUAAUUUGCCAAUUGAAAUUUACAAUUGAGCCAGCAGUUUCUGAUGAUAAUAUGGAGAUAAUUAAUGCUAUUAGCGGGUUUACAACAGUAUUGCUUCAAGAAAAUAUCGAAAUUAUUGAAGAUACGGCCAGAAUUUGGUCAAUUGUUUUGACAUGGGAUUUCGGUAAUGUUCCAGAGGAUGGGAUGAACCAGAUAUCACAUAUAGUAUUUACGUUCACUCAUAAUGCCAUUAAUUGCAUUCUGAACGCCAUAAAUAGAAAUCCAGAAAAUUGCUAUGAAUUUUUUAAAGAUGCUGGAUCAGACUACUUUAGUUUGAUAUGGAGCAUUUCAAAACUAUCACUUAAAGACGUUUCCGAAGUAAUUCUUGAAAAUUUAAAUAAUAUUCAGAAAGAAUUAGAGACAAAUCAGACUCCGGCGACAUUUCUGAGACUCAUAUUCUUCAUGAAACUAGCUAGAUCGCGCGCAAGUUCAGUAAAACAAUACAAACAGAACGAUCCAAAAUUUCACGUAUAUUUCAACGACUUUUACUCCAAAAUCAUCGAUCUGAUUUGCACAAUGACCACUGUUCUCGAAAACUCCGGUUCUAAUAUCGACGAGAUCAUUGUAGAAGUCGAAAAAGAAAUUUGUUUAUUUUUGUCAGAAUUUUUCCCUCAAAUUUGGCCAAAAUUUUUCGAGUUCAUGGACAAAAUAUUGUUAGACCAGGAAAUGGAGAAAGCAAAGCAGGCCAAAGAACAGGAAUCAGAAGAAAAAAAUUUCGAAGAUUUGAACGAAAAUUUGCAGUUGAAACUCAGUUUUGCUGAUGCUGUAAGAAUUAGAGUGAUGGAGAAUAAGUCUGGAAUGUUCGGAUCACUAAUGAAUCACAUUUUUGUCGGAAUUUCGAAUUUGACAAAUUCAAAUCUGGAAAAUUCAUCAACAGUCAUCAUUCAGCUGAUACUUCUUAUAAAUGUAGCAUGCAACAAUGAUAAACUAAGAGAUCUGAUGAUUUCCACAGGGUUUAUGAAUCAUAUUACAGAAAGAACGAUUGAAAUCAACUACAAUAUUGAAAACAUGAAGAUUUUAAAGCGUCCAAGAACUACCUUGUACUAUUUAUACGCGAAUUGCAUUCAGAGUCGAAGAUAUCUCAUUUCAUUUCUCGGAUUCUUCGAUGAAAGGUUCGAAUACAUAGCAAGGAAUACACCUGAUCCAAUAAAUGUCGUGACUUUGUACCGAGAUUUGACAGGAGUGGCAAACGGACUGAGAAAUCCUUCUUUUCUUGAGAAACUCAUGAUGUGGUUCUGCAACAACCAUCUAGAGGACACACUCAGCUUCAUUUCAGUGUACGAAAGUGAACCACUGGUUCUCAAAGCCAUAAUUAAGUUGUACAACAUUUUCUAUAGCACUACUAAGUGCCAGAACUCUCCGCAAGUACUCACUGACACAGGGCUUGGCAUAUUCAUGCUCCAAACGUCGUCAAAGAUCAUAGAACAGCUGUUUUCGCUUCUACCGAAUUUUGAAAUUUUGAUAAUUAUUUCAAGAAUUUUCAACAGUUGUUUGACAUCGAGAACGGCCAACUACGGUGUGAUGAAGCACUACAACGACUUCUCCAUCAAUGCAAUACUCAGCAAGUUCUUUUUGGUGCUUUCAAAUCAUAAAUCAUUUUAUGACAACACGAAAGUCAACAGUUACUUACUGAAAGCGCUGAAAUCCGUAUCAAUAAAUUGUCCAGAUGAGUUCACAAAGGAGGAGAACCUCAAAAUUUCCAUUUCUUUCACUCAAUCUCCUUUUAAUGACUCAAAUCAGGAAAUGUACACCAGCGCAUGGAGCAUUAUUGAAGAGAUUAUUCAUUUAGAUCUUAAUCAUGACACAAUUAUUAUGUUAAGACCUCAUUUCGUCUACAUUUUGAACGCUUUAAUUAAUUCAAACCAGACUGAGUUAUUUUGUGGCUAUCCACUGAUUCCUUACAUGAACAAACACGAUGAACAGUUCGUGAAGGACUGUUUCAAAGCGAUUGUUGAUUCUUAUGACGAUAAUUUCAAAGGAGUCAUAGAAAAGAACCUGGAUUCAUUGAUUGACAACCAGAAUAAGGAAAAUAUCGCUAAAUCUUUCCAUUUCUAUAUGCAAAAGUAUCAAUGCGGGCUUCACGCGAUUCACUUCUUCAGACCUUUCUUCGAAUAA